AUUACUUUCUUUCUUUCAGUUAUCUUGUUGACACGCUCAUCAACGGAUCAGUGCCCUUCAGGUCACAACCCCUGCCCUCAGGGCUGGGUUCUGCCAAAACCCACACCAUCACAUCCGUACCCUUCCUGUGUCCCCGCCUGCCCUCAGGGCUGGGUCGUGCAUGAAGCCUGGUGCUACUAUUUUUCAACUGCUGAGGCAAACUGGACCUCCAGUCAGAGCAACUGUUCUUCUUAUGGUGGCUCCCUGACGGCAAUCGAUACUCCAAGUGAAAUGAAAUUUCUACUGAACAAGAAGGAAGCAACUGAUUAUUGGAUUGGUCUAAGGAGGAAGGAAGGACAGCCCUGGAAAUGGACAAAUGGCUCAGAUUUCAACUCAUGGUUUAAAAUUGGAGCAGAUGGCCUGUGCGCUUACUUAAAUGACAGAAACGCCAGUUCUUCAUGGUGUACAUCCGAAAGAGAGUGGAUAUGCAGAACACCUCAUCUCCCAGCUUGAAGAGAGCUCAGAGUCUUCCCAGCACGAAAGCUUCAUCGACUGCACUCUGUACAACAGCUACCAAUUUCUUAACACUGUCCUAAAAAAUAAGUGCCUUACUUUUGAAAGAC